AUGAGAAUUGAUCCAUCCAUCCUCUCAACACCAUUUGCUGGUAUUCGUGAUGUCAGUUACUUCAAAGGAGAAGAAGAAAUUCUCUUCUCCAUGCAUUCCACUUUUCGUAUUGGACCAAUGAAACAAAUCGACAGAAAUAAUCGUCUUUGGCAAGUCGAUUUAACGUUGACCAGUGAUAAUGACCCGGAUUUAUAUGCGCUUACUGAACGAAUGCGAGAAGAGACCGAGGAAUCGACAGGAUGGCUUCGACUAGGGAAAUUGAUGGUAAAACUAGCACAAUAUAACGAAGCUGAAGAUUUAUACGAAACAUUGCUUGCUCGAAGAAUGGAUAAUGAUGAGAGAGGAAAUAUAUUUUAUCAGCUCGGAGUGAUCAAGUGUUAUCUCGGAGAAUAUGCAAGCGCACUUACAUUUUAUGGAAAAUCGCUGAAAACUCGCCAAAAUAAUCUUUCAUCACAACACCCUGACGUAGCAGACUGUUACAACGCCAUUGGUAUCGUGCAUUACAUGGUGGGUGAUUAUUAUAAUGCACUUUCACAUUAUCAAAUAGCAAUGAAAAUCUAUCGAAAAAAUCUUCCUUCAAAUCGUCCAGAAUUGGCUACUUCCUACAACAACAUUGGUUUGGUGUACGAUAACAUGGGUGACUAUUCGAAUGCACUUUCAUAUUAUCAAAAAGCAGUACAAAUCCGUCAAAAAGUUCUUCCUUCCAAUCAUCCUGAUUUGGCCACUUCUUACAUUUGUUAUGGUUCGGUGUGCUACAAAAUGGGUGAUUAUUCCAGUUCAAUUUCAUAUCAUCAAAAAGCGUUGGAAAUCUACCAAAAAACUCUUCCUCCAAAUCAUCCUGAUUUGGCUACUUGUUACAUUUGUCAUGGUUCGGUUUAUGAAAAGAUGAGUGACUACAUGAAUUCACUUUUAUAUUAUCGAAAGGCACUGGAAAUCUACCAAAAAACUCUUCCUUCAGAUCAUCCUCAUUUGGCUACUACUUACAACAACAUUGGUGUAGUGUAUUACAACAUGGAUGACUAUUCGAAUGCACUUUCAUACCAACAAAAAGCAUUGGAAAUCUACCAAAAAAUUUUUCCUUCGAAUCAUCCUGAUUUGGCUCAAUCCUACAGCACCAUUAGUACAGUAUAUUUAAACUUGGGUGAUUCUUCGAAUGCACUUUUAUAUUAUCAAAAAGCAGUAGAAACCAAUCGAAAACUUCUUCCUUCAAAUCACCCUCAUUAG